AUGACUCUGUUUCAAUCUUCGGAUCUUCAAGGUUCUUACACCAAGACGUACCCCAAGAAAGGAUGUCCAGGGCUGAUGCUUUUUCCGAAAAAAGGAGGUUGUGCGCUGUACAACACGGAAGAAGGCAAGAUCGAAAGGUACCUGGGAGACUUCCCCGGGCAUCGAUUCCUUGCAAACUCGGGUAAUUGGUUCUUGGUGUUAGAUUCUGAAUCCAAUUUAUAUAUCAUAGAUGUGUUUAGCCAAAAAAGGAUCUCUCUUCCGUCUCUAGAGUCGAUUAGGUCAAGUACUAGUAGUAUUGUCAAUCGUGUUGUGGGAGAUACAAGAAGAUUUGUGUGGAAAGAUAGUGAGCGUGUCUUCGAAGACCUGAGUUCUGAUCUUGUGAGGGGCCUUUUGUGGGUAGACGAGAGUGGCAAAGAGUUUGUUGUGGUGUGGUUCUUUGACCUCCCUGGCCACGCUUAUAUAUGCUUUUGCAAGCAAGGGGAUACUCAUUACACUGACAUUCCUCUAUUUCACCGAGACUCCCACUGGUUGGAUGGCUUAUCUGAAAUGGUACUACAGGGUUACCGUCUAUACAUCACUACAAAUCGUCGUUAUGUUCGGGUCCUAGAUCUAUCUGGACAGGAGCAAGGUUUCUACAAGGACAUCACCGAUGGUACACCAUUCCCAAUGCUUUCUCGUCAUGAAUCAUGGGACUCUAGCAUUGCGGUUACUACAUCAGGGGAGGUUUUGUUGGUUGAGAGUGAUCCAUGCAAUAGGACCUUCUUCCGCCUCUACAAGAAGAAUCUUAACAUGGAAAACCCAGAUGCCUCCAGCCACACGGUUCUUGAGGUAGAUUCUCUUGGUGGUGAGGCUCUGUUUCUUGACUUGGGUUUCACUGUUCCUGCUAACGCUUCCCUUGGUAUCGAACCAGACUCCAUCUAUUUUACCCGUCACUACCGUCCCUGCCAUUGCACUCGUCGUGACCUUGACAUCUGUGUGUACAAUCUUGCUAACAAGACCAUCAAACGCGUUCCUCUUGGCGACAUGGAUCUCAUGGAUGCUCGCUGGUUUCUCCGUGGUUCUACUUGA